ACUAGUGAUCAAUACAGAUUUAUAACUUAAAAAUGCAAGGACGGGCCUCAUCAAUGGGGACGUACAAAGGGAAACAACUACAAGUAAAACAGCUGAGGACGAUCUAUCAAUAUUACAGUCACGCCAGACAGCUGAGAUAAUGUCACCAAGAUGUUGGGCGUGUUUUUCGGCCAGGAGUAACGUUCUAAACAAAGCAGUUCGCUAUCAUAUAUCUAUACUGAGAAAACAGUUGGCCAGAAAUAAUAGCAAUACUACUGCGGACCCACUUAAGGGGCCUUUGCACGGGACAAGAGUGCUCGAUUUAAGCAGGGUAUUGGCAGGUCCCUAUUGUUCAAUGAUACUGGGUGAUCUUGGGGCUGAUGUGAUCAAAAUAGAAAAUCCAGACGGUGGCGACGAUACGAGGUCCUGGGGUCCGCCAUUUUGUGGAUCCGAGAGUGCAUAUUUCCUAUCAGUCAACAGAAACAAACGGAGCGUGUGUGUGAACAUAAAAGAAAAAGAAGGCCAAGACGUGGUUGUAGAGUUAGCGAAGAAAAGCGACGUGCUGCUGGAAAACUACAUACCUGGAAAAUUGUCAGAACUUAAUCUUGGGUAUGAACACCUGUCUAAGGUAGCUCCGCACCUUAUAUACUGCUCAGUUACAGGCUAUGGGCAGACAGGACCAGACGCGAAAAGGGCUGGUUAUGACGUCAUAGUUGCAGCAACCGGUGGAUUAACACAUAUCACAGGCCCAGAGGAUGGAGAGCCUUGCAAAGUGGGUGUUGCGAUGACAGACUUAUCAACGGGUUUAUACGCAUAUGGAUCAAUAUUGGCAGCUCUUUUACAUCGUGCAAAAACAGGGCGUGGUCAGCACAUUGACUGCAACCUGUUAUCAACUCAGGUAGCCUCACUAGUCAAUAUUGCCAGCAAUUAUUUGAAUGCGGACAUGGAGGCCAAGAGACGUGGAACAUCUCAUCCAAGUAUUGUUCCGUAUCAGGCAUUUAAGAGCGCUGAUGGUUACGUUAUGGCAGGGGCUGGCAACGAUAAACAAUUUCAAAUUCUUUGCAAGUGUAUGGGUUUACCUGAUGUUGGUGAGAGCCCAGACUAUGCAACAAACAGACAGAGGGUUCAUAACAGAAAAACACUUCUGGACAUAUUGGGCAAAAGAUUCAAAUUAAAGACUACGUCCGACUGGCUAGAGGUACUGAAGGAUUCUGGGAUACCAUAUGGGCCAAUCAACAAUAUGCAACAAGUGUUCUCUGAUCCUCAGGUCGUUCACAACAAAAUGAUACAGGGCAUGAAGCAUCCUACAGCUGGGGAUAUACGAGUAGCAGGACCUGCAGUGAGUUUUAGUGAGACGCCCACAGUAUUAAACAACGUUCCACCAUUACUAGGGGAACACACUAGACCAGUAUUAAAAGAUGUGCUCGAGAUGUCAGACAAUUGUAUAGACAGUCUAAUAAGAAAAGGAAUAGUGAAAUGACACAAGAGUUGUUUUAUUUCGUUGAUUUAACUGUCAAUGCGAGUGAAUCUAUAUCGUUUUUGUUCUUUCCUUACUCUUGUCAGUGACUGCUGUUUAACCUUUACCCUGCUAAAUUUCUAAAAUGGACUGGUCCAUCAUUCAAUUUGAGCAGCCCCAUUUAUUAUUCAAAUAGGUGUUCACUGAAAAUUUACUGACUGAAUAGCAAACAGUGUACACCAAGGUCAGGCAUAGGCAGAAUCACUUGCCACCAGCAGGCUAUACAAUAUACCAAGAAUUCAACUUUGCUAAAUCUUAAUGCAUUUUAGUUCAUUUGUAUUUUAAUCAGACUGAGAAAAUUGUUUUGGAACAGUAUUGUACACUUUAUCCAAGUAUUAUGUUAUUACAUGCUUUCAGUAAA